CUUUCGUUUCGCUAGUGACGUCACUCUGCGAGUGACAGUCAGCACCAGCAGCAGAUGAGCAGGCGAGAAUCGGCGGAGUUGGGCAACAAACAAAUGGCUGGGCAAUGGGAACGGGUGCCCAGCGUCGUUUUGCACGAGAUUUACCUGCUGUUGCCGACGGCGGACCAGCUGCGUGCGUCGGCGACAUGUCGACACUGGCGUCAGGUGUUUUACCAGUCGUUCUCGCCCUCCAAGGUCACCCUCAGGGUGCGCGCGGGCGACCAGAAUAGCUGCGAGCGCAGCAUCUUCCUGGCCAGCUGCUGGGGCAACAAACUGCGCCACGCAGUCACCGAAUUCGACUCGGCCAAGGACGGCGUGGCCGAAAUUGUGGCCGACCUGCUGCUGCUGCUCGCUGAAAAGGGCUGUCAACUCCGCUCGAUCGCCCUGCGCCCCUCGUACUGUCGCCUACUCGUGCCCCAUCGACAGCCCACCUUCCUCGACAGGCGAAUAAUGGAACCUCUGCGAAGCAUAAUUUCAAAAAGUAAGCGGCUCGAAUUAGUCAACCUAGGCGGUCUCGAGGACCUGGCACCGUACCUGAGCGAGCUGUUGCAAGUGCUGGCCGUGUGCCACGGCAAACACCUGCGAACCCUGCAUGCCAACACCCUGAAAGCGAUUCCUCAAGUCUACAAGAUAUACGACCUGGAUCCAGGUCACUUCUCCAGGUUCACCGCCCUGACCGAACUUAGUCUUGACUACGACUACUUGACCGAUAAGAUGCUGCAAACUCUCUCAGGUCAGGGCAAGGACCUCAGGGUGCUGAAUGUGUUCGUGCAUGGCGUCGACGAGGACUUGCUGCCGCCUUCGAACCAAAGCUGGACAGCUUUCAGCAAACAAAAUGAAAACUGUGAACUCCGGCUGUGCUUGUUAUUCUCCUGCGAAGCGGUUGAAUUCCUUUCCUCUGGUCUUCUGCAACCUUCAAUGCCACUGACCCAGUUGAAAGUUCUAUUUUGUGAGAUGAUCAGUGUAGAAGCGUUGCAUCUGUUGUACGACUGGUACUGGUCAAAACUGACCAGCCUCUGGUGGAUCGACGUGGCGGACGAAAAUGCUCCUCUCGACGCGCUUGAAAUUUCCUUUGGGCAGCCGCAUCCUCUGGUUAUGGUCGCUUGGCGUUGUGUCAACUUGCGCGAGCUCGUUGUUAUCGGUUAUGAUCUGUUGGAUGACAACAUUAUCGCUAUCUCCCGACUCAGAGGCGCACUUUUGAAACGCCUUGACAUUCCUGAGAGCAACAUUUUCUUUGACGAAAUUCCAGAUGGCUCGCCGCAUGAUGCGAAAGUCAAGCUGGUUGAGGAAGUGAGUGAUUCGUUGCAGCGAAAAUGGGCGCCGCUGUCAAACAAAGACAUGCCGGCAGCUCUGGUCAACCCGUCGCUGGAAAGUGCCAUCGAGUUUGCGCUGGCCUGCACGCAGCCGCACUAACACAGCUUUUCGAAUUACCUCUUUGCGAAUCAGGCCGUUAGUUGUUUUACGAAUCAAGCCAAAUUAUUUUUCUAACUACGAGCAACAAGAGAGAAGCGGUCGUCGGAGAUUUUAUUAGUCGCGUUCGCACUAAGCAAAUUGCCAACAACUCUAAGAAACAAACCAUUGUGAAGAUAGUAACACCAGCUGUGAUAUCUGAGGCUCUCCCAACGAUUAAGUUAACAUACAAACCGCUCAGAAUAAGCGAAGCCUAGUUUUGUAACGCGCGAGAGAGCUAAAAGAGACUGCAACCACCGAGCGAAAUUUACAUUUGCGUCGCCCUGACUUGCCAACUUAGUCACUUUCAAGGUACUUAUUACCACGAGCCAGGCGCACACUUCGUAGGGUAAAUAGUCAGUCGAUUGUACUCGCCGGCCGUCGGUGUGAAGAUUGAGAACGAUUUAACAGAGUUUAAUUAUACAAAGAAACCGUGUUGCCAGCGCACACACUAAACCCGGCUGGAGUCAACCAGUUUUCACAUUCCAGAUGAGAAAGAGAAACGGUGCAAAAACAUUCACAAAAUAGCUCAUCUAUUUUAUUAAUCUAUUCUUAACUUGUUCGAUUGCUUCUAAUUUUUAAACAAACUCGACAUCAGGUGAUCAAUAUUUUAUCCUUUUUGGGGAGGCAGAAAAUUAGACCUGCGUUUAUUAGCUAUUUAGAAGCGAGAAAUCUCUGCACAAAUAUCGAGAUUCGCCAAGACACUCAAGCUGAAAAUGUGAUGAAACUUGGAAUGACACUGUCAAUCGAUUCCUGAGGAUCGAAUCGGGUCGGAAAGUCAACAAAACAAGCCGAAAAUCGACGAAAAUGUUAAAACCCUAUUUUACUUUGGCGGUUUUUCUUUUGAACCUGGUCACAGGAACCAAUCAGAGAGGGCAACUCCCUGGUCUGAUUGGUCGCUGGCUAGGUUCAAACCAAUACCCGCCAAAGUAGCAUUAUAAAUUAUUUUCGGCACGUCCUGACCUGAUUCAAGCCUCAGGAAUCGAUUGAAACUGUCAAAAAUACAAUUCCAAUGCUACUUCAAAGCCCUUUUGUCGUCGAAGAACAAGACAUGUUCCUAGCAAAGGGAAUGUUACGACCGCAGAAAUCUGCGCGCGAACGCGAACAAGCGAGGGACUGAUUCGUAGAGCCAUUCCUGUUCUAGUUGGCCUGGACUGCUGGCCGAAAAAGCUGCACAACAACUGACACAGUCGCCAGUCUGGUUUUAUUAAUUGUUACACACAACACAACACACACUCUCAAACGGCGUAUGUUUAAUUUUAAACUAUGUAACCUCAAAUUAUCGAGCGCGGGUCAUCUCCCACAGCUUUUCGUGGCUCUCAAGGCAGCCUCAACCAUUCCAUCUUUGUGAACCGCACUGUGAUAUUGCAAUCUUACUUUACAAGACUUGGAGAUGAGCCGUGCUGCUACUGUUACAUUCGUUCUACGCACUAGCUCUGUUACAUACAUACGCCUUUUUUAUCAUAAGACUUUGUUGUGCUGUAUCUGUUUUAAGCGAGUUGUCGUUUGUGCGAAAACCAACCAGCUAGGAAAAAUAAAAACUCGACUGAGAUAACAAGUAAUUUUAAGAUCGAGCCAGCAUUUGAACGCGCAGGAAUUCAAGUCCCCUGACACAAAAAUCAAGUGUGUGAUAAGACCAAAUAAUAAUUAAUAGCUGAAUAAUACACCGCGCUAAAUUGAAAUCGACUAUUUUUGAAAUCAGAGAGAGUCAUCUUCGAGGCGGAGAAUUUUUAAAAUCUUGCAAUUUUAUUGCCGCUGCUUAUGACAUUUGAGAAUUUAUAGAGGAAAUUUGUGACCGCUCGGAAGGAAAUAUUCUGAUAUUUUUAACUAACGAAAACUUGAAAUUACGAUUUUCUGAAGAUACUUAUAUGCGAGCUAUCUUUUUGUUUUUCGCAGAAAAUACGUAACCGAAUAAGUGUGGCUAGAUUGAAAAUUUCUGGAAAAGCGUCACAUGUUCUGAGAAAACGUUGUGAAAAAUGCUUUCGACUCGUCUCCGACACGAAAUGAAAUUGUAAAAUACAUUUAACGGAAUGCAGAUGUUAUUGUUGUAGCAGGAAAGUGUAUAAUAAUUCAUGUAGUUACUUACGCGCAUACUGAUAUAUAUAUAUAUAUGUUGUAAAGCAAAGUUGUAAAUCGAUAGUUCGAAAAAUUGAAAUCCACAAAAAUGUUAGCAAAAGGUCGACUGUCAGGAACUGUUUUUGAUGACCAGUUUGACUCUUGGAUUUAGGCCAAAAAAUUUGGUUGCAACUUUAAAUCGUAAAUUUGUUCAAUUAAGGCGUGUAGUAUUUUUCUUCAACGAAUUUUGUUCGAAGUGGUAAAAAAUUUGUAAACUGAUGCGUA